AUGUUUGUUAAAGAAAAGGAUAUUAUAAUAAGACGAGCUAACAAACAAGACAUGCAGGCCGUGGAGCAACUGUCCAGAGAACUGACCGCCUACCACAACAUCACUAUAACAACAGUGAAUGUGGCACAAACAUUGCAGAGUGAUGGAUUUGAAAGAGAGGCGCCGGCCUUUCGGUGUAUAGUGGCGGAGGUGGAGACAGACGGUGUCGUCUCGACGGUGGGGUUUGCUCUGUACUUCCCGACGUACUCGUUUCGUAGAGGUCGGGGCAUGCUGUUACAGGACCUGUAUGUCAAGGAACACGUCCGUCAUCGAGGAGUUGGCAAAUUAUUAUUUGAGGCCGUUGCGAAAGACUGCUGGUCGAGCGGCUGCAGCGUCCUCGACUUCCACGUGGCUGAGUGGAACCGAGCCAGGUCGUUCUAUGAACGCUUCGGAGCCGUCAACCUCACGAGCACACAAGGAAACCACUACUGGAGACUCAAAGACAAAGCGCUCCUCGCGGCCGCGGGACAAGCUCCUGACAUUGAGCACUCACAUUAA